GCGGCGGAGGCUGCUGGGGCUGGGGCUGGGGCCGAGGCUGGGCCGGGGUCAUGGCCUUCACCUUGUACUCGCUGCUGCAGGCGGCCCUCCUCUGCGUCAACGCCAUCGCUGUGCUGCACGAGGAGCGCUUUCUCAAGAACAUUGGCUGGGGAACAGACCAGGGAAUUGGAGGAUUUGGAGAGGAGCCAGGAAUUAAAUCACAGCUAAUGAACCUUAUUCGAUCCGUACGAACAGUUAUGAGAGUACCAUUGAUAAUAGUAAACUCAAUUGCAAUUGUGUUACUUUUACUGUUUGGGUGAACUAAAGUGGUAGAAAAAAAAUUGGAGAAUCAGAAGUGGAGAAACCAGCAGAAGCCAUCACUUCAGUCGGUAUUGGGAUGUGUAGCUUAGCUGGCCAACCUUGCACUUGAAAUAAACUACAAAGCUGACAAUAAAACAACAUUUACUAUUUAUCUGAUA